AUGCCUGGCAAAGCUGGUGAACCUUGUCAUUCUCAAUCUGUUGAUUUGCAAAAACAGGGGGUUUCUUUCAAGCAGAAUCCAAUUCCUGGGGAAGAGCUGAUGGCCCCUGGUAUGUUCCAUUCCCCACCCCCCACCAUCUCCCUGAGCCCCAACCUCACUCUCUUUUCCCAAGGUCUGCCUCAAAGGGCUCACAUUUGGGGACCUCACCCCUUGCUCCAAGCCAUGGUGCCUCUGACGCCAACCUCAGCCUUGAGGAUACACUUGUCAAUCUCUGGAUACACUCAAAGCGCAGCUGGGGUGAGGCUGGGGGAGCCUGGGGAGCAGCAGAAAACUGGAUUCAGAUUAUUCACUGGCUCCUCUUUGGAGUUUUUGUGA